AUGGACGUUCGCAGUGUGCUGAUACGCUGUGGCAUGCCUCAUGAAGUUUGGGGAUUGACGGCAGAUGCCGUGGCUUCAUGCAUGAUCUGCAGGAAGUUUUCAAGAGCUGGACGGAGACCACAAACCAAGGGCUUCAACCUCAGCUACAACUUCAACGACGUGGUGCAGAUGGACCUGUUCAAGUACCAGGACUUGUGGUAUGCCCUGAUGAUCGAUGAGGCCACGCGGUACAAGAUCGCCACUCGAUGUGAAGGCGGAGAACUACCACAGAUCUUGGCCGCACUCAUGAAAGGAUGGAUCCGAUACUUUGGUCCAGUGAGAACUCUGGUGACCGACCAAGAGUCGUCAUUGAUGACGAUUGGAGCUGGAGAUGAGUUUCAGCGAUUGGGCAUAGCUCGACAGCCCGCUGGAACCACAAGUGGUCGACAAGGGCAGAAACACACCACAACUGGCUUGGUGGAGAAGCACAUUGACCUGGUGAAGCUCACGAUGCUGAAAACUCAAGCUGAAGCAGGGCGCUAUGGAAUCGAAGUUGAAGGAGAAGAACUUGCCGCAGAGGCAUCCAUGGCCCAGAACACAACAACCAAUGUUGGUGGCUACUCUCCAGUCACCAUGGUCUUCGGCAUCUUACCUCGAGGAUACUUGGAUCCUGAAGCUGAUGAACAUGGAGAUGCAGCAAUCCUGGAGAGCCGCAUCGCCAGAGCCAACAAGGCCAGACCUCAACAACUACAACUUGGAGACUAUGUGCCGGGAAUCGGGGAACAACAAAAGUUGAAGUAUAUCGUGAAGAUGGAACUGGACAGGGCUGGAGAGGCCCAGCCUAUCAGGGAGAGCUACAUGGUCUUCUUCAAUGACAACCAGAACGACACCAUGGACUCCCAGAAGGUGACGGCAGCCCUGACAAGAAUGAAGGCAGUUGUUGAGAACAGCACACCUCAUCGAACCUUCACCAUUGGACAGGUUCUGAAGACCGACAACGGUGAGGACAAGAUGGUGAUGUUCCCCAAGAACUUCACUUUUAAUGGCAUCAAGUUUGGCAAGGGCAUGAGAAUCAUAUCAGUCCCCAAGUACACCAAGGGCACACUCAUCACCUGGCCUGAAGGAACUCAAGGCAUUGCAGUCACCGAGAAUCAUGGAGACUCUCACAUCCACAUCAAGGAGCUCUUCUCGAAAGAGGCCGACAAGAUCUGCUUCCUCUACCUCUACGGCUACAUGACCUACCAGAACGAGGACAUGAUCGUGCAUGCCAAAAUCACGAGAAGGACAGCUCCAACGGUGGCUUCAACUGAACAACAAGCUCAACCUGGAGGUGACGACAUGAGCACCCAAUCAGAACCUUUGGUGGAACUGGGACAGAAACGAAAAGAGCCUGAAACCGACUUUGGUGCCAACUCUCCCGAGCACAAGAAGCACAAGCAUCUUUGGAUGUCCACUGAACUUUUGCAUCUACGAUCGCUGUGGUGGAUGACGCAGAGACCAAAGAAUAUCAUCCUAGAUCCACAUCCAAUUUGGUUUGAGGAGGACAUGAGAUGGACAAGAAAGAGAAAGCAACAUGCACUACAACCUGAAGGACAAGAUGGGUUGCUUCUCCACCUCUACUGCAAGACCGAGGCCCACUUGUCCAUCGACAUGCGAGAAGGUCACAUCUACCGAGUGGAUGAACAAACGGACACCUUGACCGAAGACCAAGUCCUUCGACAUUGGCAACAGUUCGAGUCAAGUGACCGCAAGGAGAUCCAACAGUUUGUGACCGAGAAGGUCUUCGAGAAGAUCAAACUGGAUGACAUACCCAAGGAUGCCACUGUCGUGGAUUGCACUUGGGUGAGGAAGUUCAAGAGAAUGCCAAAUGGAGAACUGGCUCCAAAAUCCCGGCUGUGCGCUCGUGGCUUUCUUGAUACACGAAGCACAACAGCUACGAGACUCAGUCAGAGAUUGGUGGUGUCAGUGGCGGCAACACACCUCUUCGACCUGGCGUCUUGGGAUGUGUCAGGUGCCUUCAUGAAGGGACUAUCUUUUCGACAAGUUCAAGAAGCUCUGAGGAGAAAAGGCAUCCCAAGUCCACGACGCAUUGUCGUGAUCGUGCCACCUCCAAAUGUGUGGCGUCAUCUUGGAGAAAUCAGCCCUGAGUUUUGGAUUCCUGAAGAUCAAUACCAUCUACAUGGGCUGAUCUGCUUGAAGCCAACAUAUGGACUUUCAGAUGCACCUCUUGCCUGGCAACUUUGUCUUCACGAAGAACUUGCAGCCAGUGGAGGACAUCAAAGCAGUUUGGAUGAGAACAUGUGGAUUUUCAAACAUCCAGAUGGAGCGAUCGAAGGUGUCAUCACAACACAUGUGGACGAUUUGGCAGUGUGCGCAAAUCGAACUUUCCUCAACAAGCAGCACAAGAUCCUGAGCGACAGAUUUGGUCGCAUCACUCAACAAGAGCCUCCUUUCAACCACUGUGGAUGCCGAUACACUCAGCUUCCCAACAAAGGUGGCUACAAGAUCGAUCAGGAAGAGUUCACAGCAGCUCUCAAGACCAUUGAGAUCAGCAACACCAAGGAUCCCAAUCGCCUGUUGGAACCUGGGGAGGACAUCAAGUGGAAGCUGGCGGUGGUCCAUGACGCUUCGUCAGCGACAAAGGGAAGAGCAUACAGCCAAGAAGGAGUGAUGGUGAUGCUCAUGCCAGACCUGAUGGACUUCAACAAGGAGAUUCAUACCAUCAGCGGCUUGGAAGUCUCUGAGAAGAACUUCGGUGGCUUGGCACACAUCCUCUAUGCUCAUGGUGGAAAAUCGAAAAGGAUCUCAUACUCCACGUCUCAUGCAGAGACACUGGCAGCAAUGGCAGGCCUGGAAACCUCAACGCUAGUCAGCUUGAGAUUGGCCGAGAUCUUACUCCCAGAUAAGAAGCCAACGCUUCAAAGACUUGCAGCACUACAAGAACAAGGAGUUCCAUUUCUACCAGUGGAUGCCUACACUGAUUGCCGGGACUUCUACUCCCUCACAACAGGGAUGACAUCAGCCCCGCAGGACAAGUCCCACCGGUUUUGUGCUGGCACACAGAGAGGCCCGCAUCGCAGGCCGUUUGAGAUGGGUCAUACUGGUGCCGACACAGUCAAUGGUGGCGGAUGCAUUGACCAAGGUGAUGCUCAGCAGACAAUUGCUGGAGAGUUGGAAAAGGGAGACAACGCUUGGUUGGACGACAACCUAAGCAUCAACUACAUCAAAACCAUCCAGAACUACAAAGCGGAUUCGAGAUUUACAUCCAGUGGAAGCACAUGGAAGCCCAACAAAUGGCUUCUGGCUAUGUUGUACUUUGCCACUUUGGCGAAUGGUGGAAGAGCUGAAGGAGAAGCAGUGUGCAUGGAAGUUUCACAAAGCGCGCCAACAAUUCAAGUACAGUCGAUGCUCAUGUCAGUCAUGAUGCUCGUGAUUUUUGCCUUGGCCUUCUUCAUCUACAAGGUCAAACUUUCGUUGGCCCGACUUAAGGGAAUCGUGGACACCGAGAUGAUCCAGGUGCUGGACCCGAUGAAUCAACGACUUCGAGAUGCAGAACGAGAUCAGAGAAACCAUAUCUACAACUUUGACGCCUUGCAGCGACAGGAUGAGUCGUAUUCCAGGGAGUAUUCAGGUGACUCCUAUCAACCAGAGGAUGAGUCAGUCAGAUCUGUGAGCUUUCUUCGAAGAGCCUCAAGGUCCCGAGAUGGAGAUCAAGGAGAACAAGAAUCUGAAGAGUCCAGCGAGGGAGAGACGCAGGACCUGAAGGAGCUCCGACGUCGUCAAGAACGAGAAGCUCAGCGGCGUAUGGAUCUGCAUGCCCAGACCAACAACCUGGAGGUCUACUUGCACAUGGAAGAGGGCUUACUACCUCCUGACCAAUAUCUUCCAUUCUUCAGGGUGGACGAGCUCUGCGAGGAGCAUGCCCCAUUGUUUCCAACGGUUGGGAACUAUGAUCCGACCGAGCACGUGCAGGUGGUGACCUACCAAGGGGAGCGAACCUUCUGCCUGACCGAGGGCAACCAGCGCUUGACCUUUCGAAGCUGGGAAGGUUUGCAUGGCUUCAGAUGCAGCAGAAUCGCUGCGCGCCGCAAUGAUCGAGUCAGUGAUACCGAUCACGAAUGGCGACUGAACAACCUUUACCAGUACUACAUGCGU